GUGUGGCUCAGUGUCAGUCAGAGCUUGAACGUGAAACAGUUCAUUUCUGUCUUUUAGGCGACCUAAGCAGCGAGAAGGCGCUCAACGUACGACAAAAAAAGUACACUCCAUCUCAUUGAGAUUAACAUAUCAUUCAAAUCUACAUUCGGUGUUGUGCUACGACCUGCAAUUUUGAUUAUUAUUGAAUCACUGUUGUUGACAAUUGAAAAUUCGUGUGAUUGUGUUCUGUGGAAUUGUCUAUUUUCCGUUUUUUAUUUUUCUUUAUUCUUUUUUGUUCGCGCAAGAUCUUAUUUGAACAUUGUUGUGUCUUAUUUUGUUCGGCUAAACAAGCAAAUUUGUGUGAAUGACUCGAUUCUUAUCCGUUUGCACGAGUUUGUUUAAACUUCUGUUUCCGUGAAGUGUUCGUGUCAGAGAGUGAGCGCGUGUAAUCAUUAUGAGACUCAUUCAAGAACACCGUACAAGGUUCAUUCUUGCUUUGGCGAAAAGAAAUGCCGAAUUUAUUUUGAAAAAAGAAACGACCGAAUCAAAAACAACGGAUUCGAAAUUAUAAAAUCUUUUAAAACAUGAAACUUUUGUGGAAUAUCGCUUAGUCAUCGAUCAAAUUGUUUUCCGAUGUUUUUCAUAAAUCGAAGCAUCUGCUUUCAAUCUAAAUCGAGAAAAGAAACAAACAUUUCGCAUUGAUCAAUCUCUCUUGGAAUCUAUCACAAUUGAAACUCUAGACUCUAGACAGACCUUCAAAACAUUGUAACUGUAAAUAGAGAGGAUAGAGCGAGCGAGAACAUUGAAAAAGUCAGACAAAAGACAUCAUUGAGAUUUGCUACUAAUUAGGAUGCUGAAUGAGCACACACACUCAUGCAACACUAGACAUUAAAACUGAAGCCGAAACACAAACACAGCAACCGAUCUGAAGCAAAAAAAAACCAAAAACUUUGAUUGAAUUUGUAAAAUCUGCAUAGAUACAAACGAUGCCCUGAAAAUAAGUAAAUGACGAACAUUUUGUCACACUUCAAACCAGAUGGACGGCUCGAGUCGAUGCAUAUGAAUUUCACAUCGAAUAUCGGCGUCGACGAAACAAAAAAAGGGGGAGAGAAAGAGAGACACUCAAUUUCCUUUUGAGAAGCACACUGACUAACGACGACGACGACUUGCUCAUAUACUCGGACCGUGUGUAGUGCACUUAAUUGCGUAUUGUCGAGUUGAUAGCAUAAAGUGCACUUCAACAGCGGCGCUUUUAUUUUUUUCGUUCGGCAGAGACAUUCAGCAUGUGAGUUGAGAGGCGCAAAUGUGUGGAUGGUUGUUCGUACGGCUUUGUAAAAAUGAAGAUAUUACAUGAGAAUGGUUAAAAUGAAUCAGUAAAAGAUGCGAAUACAUGUCUACAGCUGAAACGUAAAACAAAUCAAAGAAUAUAACACAUUUAAGCAACUGAAAAUCUAUCGUUGGAUCGAUUGAAGCAGGGUAACGACGUGGAGAUAACCAUUUCAAUUAGACGAUCACAUCAAAAAUAUACUAUGCCACAUCAUUGGUUCAUUCAAUUCUUCGUACUAUUCACUAUUAAAUGCAUUGCGUUCGCGGCCUACGGGCCCAAAUUAGCUGGCAAAUUUUCACACGAUGUUGAUUCGGGCCAUUUAUUUGUGCCGCGACGAGUCCACUCCAAUGGCACACAUUUAUCAUACAAUGUAACACAUUUCCAUGGAUACGAUAACCCCAAUGAAAUCGACAGUGAGCAGCUGGAUAAUAAGCUACACUAUCACAUCGACUUGCACGACCAAACGUUGCACGUUGAACUUGAGCCAUCUGUUGAUUUUAUUGGCCCAUCAAUGGUUGUCGAACGGCAUCGACGCGACACUCGUUCUCGUACAAAGUACAAACACCAUAACCGACGAUGCCAUUUCCAAGGUCAAGUGCGAGAUGAUCACACAUCCAGCGUUGCGCUAUCCUCAUGCAAUGGAAUUAGUGGAAUGCUACGAACGAAACGAGGCGAUUAUUACAUCGAACCAUCGAAGCACCAUCAAGUGAACGAUGCAGGCCAUCAUCCGCAUAUAAUCUUUCAGCGAUCGGCUAUAAAACAACAAAAUAAGCAGCAACAGAAUAGCGUUGAUAGUGAUAUUAAAAUUAAAAAUAGCAGUAAUGAGGAGAAUAGUAUAUUUAAUAACAAGGUGCAUAGUUUAAGAAAACGAAGAAAGCGUCGAAAAGGUCAUCUAAAAAAGCAUGAGGCCAGCAACUGUGGAACAAAAGAACCGAAACGACCCAGUGAAACACAUAUCGAAUGGCAACCACAAGGCAAAGUGAUUGUUCAAAACAGUCGUCGAAUUCGACAUCGCAUUCGAAAAAAGUUUUCCAACGACUUUGAUAGACAACGUCAACGUCUUCGUCGAAGGAGACAACGAUUGCAUCAUGCAAAGAAGAUGGAACAGAUUUUGAAUCGUAAGAAGAAUCUCACUGGUGAGGAAGCGGAUGAGGCGAUUGAUUAUCAUGUACAAAAACGUAGCAAACGAUCGGUCAGCAGCCCUCGACAUGUGGAAGCAUUGGUUGUUGCCGAUCCAUCGAUGGUCACCUUCCAUCAAGACGGAGAUGUUGAAAUGUAUCUAUUGACCAUCAUGAAUAUGGUCUCUGGGCUCUACAAAGACCCAGCCAUCGGAAAUCUGAUUAAAGUGGUUGUCAUUCGCAUCGUUUUGCUUGAAGAAGAAGAAGCACAUCCCGAUUUUAACGUAACUCACGCUGCUGAAGGAAACUUACGCAAUUUUUGCAGAUGGCAACGUUUAGAAAAUCCAAAGGAUGACAGUGAUCCAAAUCAUCAUGAUGUGGCCAUUUUAAUAACUCGUAAAGAUAUUUGCUCGGUUGACGGAUGCACAACACUUGGCGUUGCAAACGUUGGAGGAAUGUGUAGGCCGGAGCGAAGCUGUAGCGUCAAUGAAGACAAUGGAAUCACCUUAGCGCACACGAUUACACAUGAACUUGGUCACAACUUUGGAAUGUACCACGAUACGGAAAAAACUGGAUGUGACAGUCGAGCUGGCCAAAUUGUUCAUGUAAUGACGCCGAGCUUUGAAGUAGAUACAAUACAAGUGUCGUGGUCCAAUUGCAGCAGACGUUAUAUCACACACUUUUUGGAUCAAGGCCUCGGGAAUUGUUUGGACGAUUCGCCAACGGAAAUGGAAGUUUAUCCAGAUUUGCCGCCAGGUGCUAUGUACAAUGCUGAUCUGCAAUGUCGUUUGCAAUUCAAUACAACUGAUGAAAGUGUCAAGGUUUGCUCAAAAAUGAAUGAAAUCUGCUCGCAACUUUGGUGUUUGGUAAACGAUGAGUGUGUUACUCAACUGCGUCCAGCCGCGCCAGGGACCAAUUGUGGAAAGCAUAAGUGGUGUCAAAAUCAAGAAUGUGUUCCAAUCGAAGAUCAACCACCUCCAAUCGAUGGCCAGUGGGGCAAUUGGACUGAAUAUAGCGAAUGCUCACGCACAUGCGGUGGUGGUGUUUCCAUUGCUAGUCGUGAAUGUGAUAAUCCAAGACCCGAAAAUGGAGGAGCAUUUUGCGUUGGCGAACGUAUUCGAUACAAAGUUUGCAAAUCGGAUCCAUGCCCCGAAAAUGAACCAAGCUUCCGAGCGCAUCAAUGCUCAAAGUUCAACAAUGAAACAUACCGGGAUAAGAAGUAUGAGUGGCAACCCUAUUUCGACAGCCAUGACCCGUGUGAGCUUUACUGUACUGAUUCAGACGACACUUUAAUUGUGCCGUGGGGAGAUUCAGCCGCUGAUGGAACACCAUGCAAUAUUGGAACGAAUGAUAUGUGCAUUUCUGGCAUUUGCCGAAAAGUUGGCUGCGAUUGGGUCGUUGAUUCCGAUACAACGGAAGAUCAGUGUGGUAUUUGUGGUGGUAAUGGUGAAACCUGUACAACGAUCAAGGGCGAAUUCAAUAAGAAAAUGAAUGUCACCGAUGACUACUUCGAGAUAACAAAAAUUCCGACUGGUUCUCGUCAAAUUCUCAUCGAAGAGAUUCAUCCGUCAAAGAACUACUUGAGCAUUGGACGGGCGAACAGCAAUCAAACAUUUUUAAAUGGUGACCGAUUGAUUUUGAUGCCAGGUGAAUUUUCCAUUGAUAAAAUGAUAAAAGGACUGUACGAGCGAGACAAUGAACAAGAAAAGAUCAAAAUACCAGGACCCAUACCAUUUGAAAUGGCUGUCAAGGUAUUGGUUCGAGGCAAGAGUAAAAACCCUGGCGUAAGAUACGAGUACACAUUGUCAGCGAAUGAGACGAAAGAGCCAGUUUACUAUUGGAAACUGGGAGAUUGGUCGGCUUGUUCGGCCACAUGCGAUGGAGGCAUUCAGCAGCGUCAACCAAUUUGCUUCGAAAGUGUCAAAAGUGAAAUCGUUGACGAGAAGUUCUGUUGGUCAAGUGCCGACAACGACAUGCCAAAUAAGAAGCAUCGCGUCUGCAAUGAUGUUCCAUGUCCAGCUCAUUGGUGGGUCGGCCCUUGGCAGCUUUGUUCUGUCACCUGUCGCAGACAUGGUCAACCACCACCAGUGAAGAGACGCACCAUAAUGUGCGUUGAUUUUAAGGAAAAUGCACUAUCAGACAGCAGUUGCAGUAAUAUCGAAGAGCGACCGUCGGAAACAGAAAUCUGCGACAUUAAUUUACCAUUCUGCAACGGAGAAGAGGACAAUAACGAAAACAGCAAUAUGAUUUAAUUUUUGGUUUCCAUUUGCCUAGCAUCCAUUUUGGAAUCAUAACGAAGAAAAAAAAUGAAGCUCAACACUGUACGACAGUGGCAUAAACAGAACAAUAAAUGAAAAAUAGAAUCCAGUGAAUACGAUUAACGCUGGACAGUUGUUGGGAGUGUGCAGAAAAAAAUGUUUUGCAUCAUCGUUCGGCAAUGAAAAUCCAUCAUUACCUUUUACUUUAAUCAAAAUUUACAUAAAAUUGUGUAUUCGUUAUUGUCAUCGAAACGAUAUUUAUGCAUUCAACAAUAAGUAUUGUUAUUAAUCAUGUCAAAAGUGUAUUUUGUAAUUUUCUUUUCUUGUGUACAAACCCUCCCGUCGAGAAGAAGAAUUCUCAACUAAAAAAAAUAUCACGAUUAUCGUCUAAAUGUUAUAUUAACAUUAAUCUGAUUCAUUUUCUUUACCUAUAUUUUUUUUUCAAUUUUUUUUUGCUACGUUAAACUAUGUCUGACAUUUGUUUUUAGGAACGCACAUGAAUUUAUCACUUCGCUUCAUGUUCUAGUUUAGUUUAUAUUGAUUUUAUUUUAAAUAAUAAAAUACGGAAAGGAAAAACCCAAA